CCCUCUCCCCUCCCACAGACACACCUGGGGGGUAAGAGGCUGGUGACCCUGGGGCAGAUCCAGGGACAGAAGCCAGCCCGGUGUGAAUGGGAAUAAGCUGCUCUGAGCUGGGAGCAAAAGCCGGUUCUCUGGUGUAUUAAUCAACCCUGGCCAAAGCCAUCUCUGCACCCCCAGCUUUCUGGGGAGGGCAGGCAGGGGCUGCAGCAGCUUGCUGGAGCCAGCAUGGCCUCACAGAGCAGUGGGGACAUCAUCAAGCUGUCAAAGGAGGAGCUGGAGGCCCUGAAAGCUGCCUUUGAGGAGGGGAACCUCGCUGGAGUGGCCUCCAGGCUGCAGGAGAUGCUGGAGUCACUGGAGAAUGUCCCGCUGGACGUGGGGGUCACAGGCGAGACUGGCUCUGGGAAGUCAUCCUUCGUCAAUGCCCUUCGGGGCCUGGGAGAUGAGGAUGCAGGCGCUGCCCGCACUGGUGUGGUGGAGACCACCAGGGAGCCCAAUCCCUACCAGCACCCCCGGUACCCCAACGUGACCAUCUGGGACCUGCCGGGGAUCGGCACACCAGAUUUCCACCCCGACACCUACCUGGAGCAGGUCGGCUUCUCGCGCUAUGACAUCUUCUUCAUCAUCACCUCGCAGCGCUUCACCGCCAACCACGCCGCGCUGGCCCGCCACAUCCAGGACAUGGACAAGAGCUUCUACUUUGUCCGCUCCAAGGUGGAUGUGGACCUGGAUUCCUCCCUCAGGCGCCGGCCAUCCAGCUACAGCGAGGUAGGGGUGCUGCAGGAGAUCCGGCAGAACUGCCUGGAGGGUCUGCGGGCCCAAGGCAUCAGCUCGCCGCGCGUCUUCCUCCUCUCGGCCUUUGAUCUCAGCAAGUUCGACUUCCAGCUCCUGGAGGAGACACUGGAGAGGGAGCUGAGCCACCACAAGCGGCACGCCUUCCUGAUGGCCCUGCCCAACAUCUCCCUGCACAUCCUGGAGAAGAAGAAGGCUGCCAUGUUGGAGCACAUGUGGCUGGUCUCCACUGUGGCCUGUGGUGUCCAUGCCGCACCCAUCCCAGGGCUCCUGAUCUCCUGCAAUGUGGACAUCCUGGCCAGGACCUUGCAAGGUUAUUGCAAGGGCUUUGGCUUGGACGAAGACUCUUUGGAGAAGCUGGCAGCAAAAAUGGGGCAGCCAGUGGAGCAGCUGAAGGCCGUGAUCAAGUCACCACUGGCCAUGGAGAUCUCCAACAUGCUGGUGGUGCAGCUGCUGAUGCAGGCAGGCAGUGAGACGCCUAAAUUAGCCAAGGAGGUGCUAAGCUCUGUCCCUCUGCUGGGCUCACUGGCCUCCGGAGCACUGUCCUUUGCCACCACCUACAAGAUGCUGAGGAGCUUUGUGAACGAGGUGGCUGCUGAUGCCCAGGGGGUGCUGAUCAAAGCCUUCAAACUGGAUGCUAAGAAGUGAGCCAGAAAGGGGGAGGAGCAAGAUCAAGAUACUUUCUAUGAGGCAAAGGACCAAAAUCCAGUGCCAGGUGGAGACAGGACUGUGGCAUCCCCCGGAAAUCCCCUGAACUUCCCAUCUGAUGUCAGAAUUUCGUUCCUGAGUUGGAUAUAAAACCAAUGAGUGAAUUUGUAAAGUU